AUGCUGGAUCAAAACAUGUCUGAAGCUAAUUUAGAUUUCACGUACUACAACAACCCGAAUGAUGAGUUCAGGGCCAACACGGGUUCACUCCUGCCCCUGUGGAACAUCGGUUGCCGGUUGGUCCGGGGUAUGCUGGUCACUGACCUCUGCUGGAACACCCUGUACCCGGACCUUUUCGCAGUGGCGUACAAAGAUCCGGAAAAGGACGAAGCAGAUGAGAAAGGAGAAGAUGACCUUGGAAUAAUCUUCGAGAAAGGUUGCGUCUGCGUGUACAGUCUGAAGGGUCCGUCGCAUCCGGAACGGAUAUACGUCUGUCCAUCUGCUGUCCGUUGCCUGGAUUUUCACCCGGAUCGUCCCUAUCUAGUGGCGAUGGGAUUCUUCGGGGGCACAGUCGCAGUUUACGAUUUGCGACGCGAAGAUUUUUCGCCCUCGGGAAAAAACUCAAACUCGGAGAAGUUGUUCCACCAGGACACAGUCAGUGAGAUUCAGUGGUUACCAGAUACCAUUCCGCAAAAAUUCUGUUCUGUGUCUGCUGAUGGUAAAAUAAUAAAAUGGCAAUUUAUGUUGCAUGACCUAUUUCCGAGCGAAGUAGUGACGUCAUUAUUGGUCAGGAAUAUUCUUCCUGAAGCUCCGCCCAAGGGCAUAGAGAUGGAAAAAGAAACUGUAAUGGAAGAAGUUAGUUUAAAAGCUGGCGGCACAGCUCUCUCCAUAACCGGUGAUUCUUUUGCCGUCGGCACAACCACCGGAGCGAUCGUGCUGGGCUCUUUGGAAGAGAAAGUCGGCACUGCAGAUCAUGUGGACCACAAGCACUCUGUGAGAUCCGUACAGUGGAAUCCGUAUCACCCGGAUGUGCUUUUGUCGUGUGGGAAAGAUUUCACCGUCAGAAUUUGGCAUCGAUCGAUUAGGAGUUCUGUUUUCAAAUUCUUUUUUGAGCAAGAAGUCGUGGAUGUGCGCUGGGCGCCAUUUUCGUCUACGUUGUUUGCAGCCAUUUCUGGGAAUGCUGUAAUUCAUGUAUUUGACCUCUCGACGAGUAAGACAGAAGCUGUGGGAACCUACACAGUCUACACCGCCAAACAAAACUCCCGGCUUACAGUUCUCCGCUUCCAUCUAUUCAAGCCAAUCCUUAUGGUCGGAGACGACAGGUGA